CCAAACUUUUGCGUUCAGUUUCAUUUGAGUGCUUCUUUGCUGUUUCAUCAGCAGAUCAAUUGCGGCAACCACACUCAAUCCCAACGAUUUGAUUUCAGUUGGCCUUUUAGGGUUCAGCUGAUGUAUUGUUACCGGCAGCGAAGAUUGUUGACUGUACUGAUAUGGGUUCUAGGGUUAGGGUUUGGGGAAGCUUUUAAGGUUCCUUUCAGGGUGAGCGAUGUUCUUCCAGUAUUGCCUCAUCAGAUUUCAUGGCCGGUCCUCAACAGCUUCCACAGUGCCGUGGAUUUGAUGCCCACCUUUGUCGGGUCGAUUGCUCCCCUAAACGGGUCCAUCCGGUGGAAAGGCGCUUGCUUUUUUGAGAAUGAAGCCAGGGUCGAGUUCACCGGUUCAGGUGAUCGUGGUAUUGGUGGCGCUACAGUCUAUCUCUCGACUGCAGCGGCGCACAGCUGGACAUGUAUGGAUCUAUAUGUAUUUGCUACUCCUUACAGGAUAACCUGGGAUUACUAUUUUGAAACCCGAGCGCACACACUUAUGAUUGAGUCAUGGGAGGACCCAGCAGAAAUGGAAUAUGUCAAACAACAUGGGAUCUCUGUAUUUCUCAUGCCUUCAGGGAUGCUUGGAACUUUGGUCUCCAUGAUGGAUGUAUUGCCUCUAUUCUCCAACACGGCUUGGGGUCAGAAUGCUAACUUAGCUUUUCUGAAGAAACACAUGGGAGCAACUUUUGAGAAACGUCCUCGUCCAUGGCAUGCUACGAUUAACCCAGAUGAUGUCCACUCUGGUGAUUUCAUAGCCAUCUCCAAAAUCCGUGGCCGGUGGGGUGGGUUUGAAACACUUGAGAAAUGGGUAACUGGAGCAUUUGCAGGACAUACUGCAGUUUGUUUGAAAGACGAGUAUGGCAAACUUUGGGUCGGUGAAUCUGGUUAUGAAAAUGAAAAGGGUGAAGAGGUUAUUGCAGUCACCCCAUGGGAUGAGUGGUGGGAGCUUACACUCAAGGAUAGUUCAAAUCCACAAAUAGCUUUAUUACCCUUACACCCUGCAGUGCGUGCUAGAUUCAACUCUACAGCAGCAUGGGAAUAUGUUAGAAGCAUGUCAGGGAAACCAUAUGGUUACCAUAAUAUGAUUUUUAGUUGGAUUGACACAGUCACUGAUAACUACCCUCCUCCUCUUGAUGCUCACUUGGUGCUGUCUGUCAUGUCCAUGUGGACUAGAAUGCAGCCAACUUAUGCUGCAAAUAUGUGGAAUGAGGCAUUGAACAAGAGACUUGGCACAGAGGGUCUAGACCUGUAUGAAAUUCUUGCGGAGACUGAAAGACGGGGGAUAACCUUUGAUCAACUGCUCACCAUUCCAGAAAAGGAUGAAUGGGUGUACAGUGAUGGGAAAUCAACAACCUGCGUUGCCUUUAUUCUUGCCAUGUAUAAAGAAGCUGGAGUGUUUGGUUCUAUUUCUGACUCCAUUCAAGUCACUGAGUUCACUAUUAGAGAUGCCUACAUGCUGAAAAUAUUUGAGGAUAACCAAACGCGUCUACCAAGCUGGUGCAACAAUGGAGAAGAUAAACAUAAACUCCCCUUCUGCCAGAUUCUUGGGGAGUACAGAAUGGAACUUCCACAGUACAACACUUUGGAGCCGUAUGCCAACAUGAACGAGAACUGCCCUUCUUUACCCCCAACUUACCAGAGGCCUCUGCGUUGCUAAUAAACGUAAUCUCUCUCUCUCUCUCUCUCUCCCUCUCUUUUUAUUUCCCAAAUUAUACUAUCCUUUUGGGUUGUUUGGUAUCACGAUGCCACCGUUUGGUUAUCCACGUCCAGUUGCAAUGUCUGUAGAUAAGUGUAAAUUAUACUGGUUAUUGUAAAAUGGUCCUUUUAUUCUUGGGUUUCUUAAUAAAUGAAUAGACUGUAAUUUAGGAG